UUGUCAGAGGCACGUCACUGAAUCCCUAGUCUCUACUGAGACAGUUCAAGCGAACCCGGAAAUGAGUUCGGUUUUAUGUUUUGCUUCAGUUAGUUCUUCUUUUCUUAUGAACCCAUAGCAUCAGAGUCGUGAACAUCAGAGGUUUCCUGUCUUGGCGUGAAAUUAGACGAUAUAAUGUAGUUCACACGAAGCUCAGGGGCUGCAGAUGUGAAGAGUGGCAUGUAAAGAAACUGUGAUUCAUUAUGGGGAACACACCAUCAAAGAGUGACAGCGGAGAGGAGCCGGUUAAAACAACUUUGUUUGAAAAGGAGCCAAGUGGGAUUACAUACAGGAUUCCUGCUCUCAUUUACCUGAGGCACUGCCACACCUUCCUGGCUUUUGCAGAAAAAAGAACCUCACCUUGUGACCAUGAUGCCAAAAUACUUGUCAUGAGAAGAGGGACACUGAAGGAUGAUGGAUCAGUUCAGUGGUCAUCCAGCCAGGAGCUUUCAACAGCUUCUUUACCAGACCAUCGCACCAUGAAUCCCUGCCCUGUGUUUGAAAAACACAGCAAAACCCUGUUCCUAUUUUUCGUCUGUAUCUGGAGGAACACCACAGAGGCACGGCAGAUCUUCACAGGUAAGAGCAAGGCACGCCUGUGCUGUAUCAGCAGCAGCGAUGAUGGGCAAACCUGGACUCAAGCAAGAGACUUAACAGAGAGUGUGAUUGGAGAAACAAUCCAUAAGUGGGCAACAUUCGCUGUAGGUCCAGGCCACGGUGUCCAGCUGGAGAACGGCAGAUUGAUCAUCCCUGCGUACGCCUAUUAUGUCCCUUACAGAUGCUGUUCCUUCCCCAUUCCCUUUACAGUCUACCCACGUGCUUUGUCUAUUUAUAGUGAAGACUUUGGACAGACAUGGCGCAUAGGAAAGAUGCUUCGAAAAAAGUCAUGUGAAUGUGAAAUGGCUGAAAUCAUAGACCAUGAGGGCAGGAGUCACCUUUACUGUAAUGCUCGUCACACCGGAGGGCACAGAUGUGAGGCCCUGAGUGAAAACAGUGGCAUGUAUUUUGACAAACCCCACAUGGCUCCAGAGCUGGUCGAGCCACCAUCGGGCUGUCAAGGUAGCGUCAUCGGCUUCCCCGCUCCUGAGUUUGUCCCUAACGAUGAUGCUGAAAGCAAAGCUUGUGGCACCUCGCUCUUGUCUCCUGACACACAAACCUGGCUCCUUUUCAUCCACCCAACCAACAAGUCCAGCAGAAGGGACAUGGGCGUGUAUCUGAAUCGAUCCCCCCUGCACUCGUCAGGGUGGGACAGGCCCCACAUCAUCCACAGGGGGCCCAGCGGCUACUCUGACCUGGCCUACAACGGAGACAAGGAUCAGUUCUCAUGCCUGAUGGAGUGUGGGAAAGAAAGUGAACUGGAGCAGAUUGCUUUUGCGUCGUUUACGCUCAAUGAUGUCAUGCAGACGGGUGGUAAGAAAGACAAGAAGAUGCGCUGAAUCGUGGUUGCUCUAUUCCUGUGUUAGCAAACGCUCUCUAAAAUUCUCCUGCAACCUAAAAAUCCAAGUGGAAGCCACUAAAUAUGCUGUGCAGUAACAUCUGUCUGUGUUUACUGUUGUUCUACUUUCUGGAGAUGAUAAUGCAUGCAUGAGUCGUGUGUUUUGUUGUCUCCUUGUUUACAUGAAAAGGUUAUUAAAGUCUUAAUAGUAUUAAUAUGCAAGCUGCUGUAUGAGGAAGUAAACUAUUUUUAAUAGGUUAGGAGGCAGAUUAAAAGCAUGCUGUGCUGAACUGUCAUCUUUUAAACAGGCUUUGUGUGUGUUUAGUAGGGUUGUCAUGAUACCAGAAUUUUAAACCUUGAUAUGAUACUAGUAAAAAUCAAACAAUAAUGAUACCUGUUUCAACAAAAAAUAGAAGUGCUAGGCACCCAGUGUAGGGUCAUUUCUUGUCUUCUUCUAUCAAAAAUUGCACAAAUUCCCUGAACUGUCUAAACUGCACUAAAACAUUACACAAACACCUUGACUGUGUUUUUCUGCAGCCUACACUGUAUGCAGGACUAAACAGCAAUUUUUGAUGAAUUCAUUCCUCUCCUACGCACUUGUCUGAUGAAAUUGUUGUAAAGCUGCAACACAUUUCAUUCUAUCAUUCAUAAAAAUAAGAAGAAUGUAAUGUUUUGAAACACAUGGUGAUGAAAAAGUACUGGAAAAACUGACAACCUUAGCGUGUAGCAUGUUUGAAAAGCCGUUCAUACCCAUCUCUGCUUCUUAUUGAACCGUCAGCGUUUCCUGAGCAGUGGAGAGAAUUUGCCUACCUCCUUUUUAUUUUCAUAUGAAAAUCAUAGCAGGCCUUGUAACGUAGAGCACAGAGUUUGCUCCACGCUCGCUCUCUCCUUUACACUGAGUAUAACUCUGAUUCACGUAUGCCUUCGACUCCACUGUUUAGACUCGAGCUGUGCCACACACUUUUCCGUCAGUGCCACAAAGUUGGCAGCAAAACCAGACAGAAAAAAAACAUGAAUUUGUACUCGACUACACCCAGCUAAUUGAUGAAGAGACCAACCAAACUGUACCGUAACUCUGAGUUUUAAACACAGUUUGGAGAGAUUCUUUCUCUUUGAGCUACGUCUGUCUAAAGCAUUUAGGCUACUUUGUACUGUACUGAUUUUUAAUACAAUCAUUUUUAAAAGCAAUAUUUAAAUUAUUUACCUGUUUAUGUUAUGUUUUCCACUUCAUUUAGCACUCUUUUCUUAACAUGCUUUCCCACUUGGCAUUAUAAAGUAGUGGUCAUCGAGCCAGGUAUGACUGGCUGGCUGUUGGUUAUUUAAUAAAAACGUAACAGCAUGUGAGAACAGAUGAAGACUCACUAUUUAAAAGCCACUUGUAUUUUGUACACACAACUGAGUGACUUAGAAAUCCUUCUUUGCCUAUAAUUGUGAGGCUUAAAGCCUUAAGGUGGUUCUUGUUUCAUUGUGUUUUUGUUGACUGUUGUGGAAAAGUGACAAAACCUGCAUGAAACAUGUAUUUUAGUAGAAAAUAAAAGUAA